AUUCAUGGCCAAUCUUCCCACAUCUCAACCUCUUUAUCGUCCCCCAUCUCCAAAUUCUCGCCCGAUGCAACCUACAGAUCCCAACCAGCAAAUACAAAGAGGUCCUUCUCCAUAUCGUCCAACACCUCCUGGUCCGGGUGGUGCUUAUCUAAACCAAUGGCCAAUUCCAGAUCCUCGUUUUGGAAAUCCACCUCUUGGACGUCCUUUUGCACCUCCCAGUGGGAAUAAUAUGCAAACGCGACCUCCAAUCGUUGGUGCAAGUCCAUCGCCACCACCACCCUCUGGCUAUCGCCCUCCACCCGGAAAUGCGGGCGUCCCCCAAGGUGUCCCUUUACAACCGCGGUCACCUAUCUCUCCAAAUUAUCGACCUGGACAAAUGCCAGCGACAGUCCAAGGAGGCUCUUUACCAUAUCAAAAUAAUUCGCCAAUGGUGAGUCCUGGAUAUCAGGCAACGAUACCAAAUUCUACAUCUCCGCCUCCAGUUGAAAAUCUAGGGCAGC